UUUUGGAUCACUUCCGGGGAGGAAGUUGUCUGUUCAAAACAGAUGUUAGCUCGUCGUUGAAGUAUUUUGCAACUUUCAAUGACUUUUACGUUAAUUAAAUCCUAGAAGUAUCGUACUUGUUAUUCACUAACCUCUGUAUCCAUGGAGACUCCAGAACCCGGUCCAGCAGAUGGUGAGGAGCGUCUGGUGGAGCUGCGACCCCGGACGCGCUCCAACCCUGAAGGUGCUGAGGACCGACGCAGCAGCACGGGCAGCCUGGGAGGAAACAGUAACCCAAAUAUAUCUCAGCCUGCAGUGGGCAGUCGUGUGGAGGGGGAGGGUGAGGCUUCGACCAGUGACGGUCCUCCAACGUCCACCACCACGACCCACUCAACAGCUGCAGCUCAGACCGUAGUUCCUGCUGCAGCUGCCGUAGCGGCUGCAGCCACUGCCGUAGCGCCUCUAUCUACGGCAGCUGUUGCAGCCAAAGAGAGGCCGAAGCCCACACAGCAGCAGCCCACACUGACAACCUCCGUCCCUCCACCGGCAGAGUACCAGCUCAGAGUCCCCCGUGUCAACUGCCCAGAGAGAGUGAUUAUCUGCUUAGACCUUUCUGAAGAGAUGUCUUUGUCAAAGUUAGAGUCUUUUAAUGGGUCUAAAACAAAUGCCCUGAACAUAUCUCAGAAGAUGAUUGAGAUGUUCGUCAGAACUAAACACAAGAUUGACAAACGGCAUGAGUUUGCCCUGGUUGUAGUCAAUGAUGAUGCCCUCUGGUUGUCAGGCUUCACGUCUGACCCCAGGGAGCUGUGCAGCUGUCUGUAUGAUCUGGAGACCAACGUGUGCGAGUCUUUCAACCUGGAAGAUCUUCUUAAUGUAAUUCGCCAAAAAAUUGAUCUACCGUUGAUGGAGAAUGUUCAGACCAUCCCACCUCCUUAUGUGGUCCGAACUGUUCUCAUCUACAGCCGACAUGCAGGGCAGCUUCAGUUCAACCCUUCGGAGGCCGUUAGUAAGAUGCUACAGUCUCCAUAUUUUUUCUUUGAUGUGGUUUAUCUACACAAUGGUGUGGAUGAGCAGGGGGAAGAGACGACGUGGAGGGACAACUAUACCUCAUUCUGCAACCUGGACUCAAAGGGCAUGUGCUAUCGCUUUGAGGUUUCCCUGAGUGGACCCGCCAUCGAGCUCCACAACUGCAUGGCCAAACUACUGGCUCACCCUUUACAGAGACCUUUCCAGAGUCAUGCAUCUUACAGCUUGCUGGAGGGGGAGGACCCCCAGGACAUUGAAGCAACGGUCUGAAAUGGAUCACACUUACAAAGCCCUGCUCGUUUGUGAAAUUUACACACUGUAGUUAACCAGAAAAGGGGCUGGAUGGUUUUCCAAGUACACCUCAUUACUGCUCAUUUCCUGCUACAGAGGUUAACAGUUUUUGGGAAACCGAGGCAUAGUUCAGAAGAGGCAGGGAAUUCAGCAGGGAUUUCAGGUUUCUCUUAACACAGUCAGUGUGUUUCCGUAAGACAAUGAAUGAGUCAUUGAUUGUUCUAAGCUGGGGAUGUAAUAGAAUGUUCUGGUUUUCAGAAACUGUUUGAGGUUUCCUGGAAAUGAGGUGAUGAAGUGGAUAUGAGAGUCCAGGAGCAGGACACAAGUAUAAAGAGAAGAUAGAGAAAAAAGAAAAAGAAUGGAAAAGGAAAAUACAAUGGUUAAAGCAUCUGCCUUUGUUAAACUUACUCCCUUACCAUUUGUUUUUCCUUUCAAAUCUUAGGCCACACUGAUUUUUCUGUAAGUCUUAAGGGGAAAUCAAACAAACUACAAUAGCUAUGACAGUUUUCCAUGGCAGGCCCUUUUGGACUUAAUAACUGUCAUAUGACAGAAUGUAUCAUGGAGGUUGUAACUUCUGUAGUAUUUCCUUCCCUUUUAGUUUAAUUCCUUCCCUUUUGUUGCCUGUUUUAAUGUAUUUUGUACUUUAUAAGCAGUUGUUUUUAAUCAUUUAUUCCUUUGUCACUCCUGUAUGUUACACAGAAAAUGAAAGAAUGUACAGUAAUAUAAAUAUGUCCUCGUUUGAUUUCAUUUUUUUCUUUGACAGUGAUCUCUGUGGCGUUGAUGGUUUGAUUAUGAAAAACACCCCUCGUAUGGCCUGUCUAGCUGCACUGGAAACACACUGUAUAGAUGGGCUUUUUGAAGCUUUUUCUGGGUAUUAAAAAAAACAUGUUUAAUCAUAA